AUGUCAUGUUCUUCUAGUGCCGGAUUGAGAUCGGAUUCUUCUUGGUGUGAAUUCUUGUUCCUUGGCUUUGCCUUUAGUUACCAUGAGCAACCCCAGAUUUCAUUUUGGGUGGGAGGGUACAUCUUUCUUGCUAUAACCAGGCUCAAUGAGAGUUUGAGAGCCAUGAAUGAGCCAAACAUUAGCACUGGUCUGGUUGGGUCUGGAGUUCAACAUAGGCUUGUAAUCGACUCAAAGCAAAGUAGGGGAGGAGAGUUGAUUGAGACCGCCAUAGAUAUGGCUUGGGAUGUUAUUGGUUUUGGUCGUGUUGAUUGCUUGUUCAUGGAGUUUUUCUUUAUACAGUUGGCUGCAGCUGCACUGCAUUAG